AUGUCACACAACGUGCAGUUACCCAACAACCCUCCUCAUCGACCACGCCAUCAGCAUUCACGAUCGCAGCAAUUGACGUCUACACAACCUUCGUUGACAUCACGUCGACAUCAGCAGCACCAUAGUAUCUCCAUUGGGAGUGGUUCUCCAAGGGGGUUUCUCGACCAUUUCGUUCAUCAGCCAUCGCAACUCCAUGGCCCUAUUCCGACUUCACCUAUGCCGACAAGUAACACAUCGAUUGAUAUAGAAUUUGAUGGGGACACUCAAGUGAUCAUAAGACCCAAUAGGAUAGUCAAAGGCAAAGUCAUUUUACAUGCAGUGGAUCGGCUUUACUUGACACGCAUUCGAAUCAAGUUUUAUGCAGAGGAGACGGCCAUGAUAAAGCUGGAUGAUGGAUUAUGUCAACAAGCAACGACGACCUUUUUUGAGACGGAGCAUACAGUAUGGGGUGAUGAAAUGAAACCUUAUGCACAAUCACCAUGGGAGGAGCUGGAUGCUGGAAAACAUGAAUUUCCUUUUAUCUUAAAGUUCCCCAAUGUUAAUUACCCACCUUCUGUUGAUGACCCUCCUGGAUUCAGUAUUCGAUACAUUUGGUGUGCUCAUGCUGAUGGCCCUGCUGGACAAACCAAUACAAUGAGCAAAAAGUGUAUCACGCCUUAUCGACCCAUCAUUGCUGCUUCUCCAGAUAAGGAUUGGACAUUUCGAACCACACUUUUCAAGGAGAACCAUGGAGGAUCUAAGAAACAGCAUGCUCUUGCACACUUGGUGGCCAAAUUCAACAAGCAAUGCUAUUGUCCAGAUGAGCUUUUAUCCAUGCAAUUGAACAUGGUGCCAUUGAAUUCUGAUAUCAAGAUCACCAACAUGGCAUACAGGUUUCGACGUCAUCAUCAAGGAAGAUUAGCGACACAACGAGGCACUGCUGUUCGACAACAAACCCAUGAACUAUUGGAUGCCACCAUACCAGAACCAUCAACAUCAUCCUCCAUUGUCUUUUCGAUUCCUACAUUGAUGGUGUCACCCACCUUUUCAUCUCGCCAUAUACGUACAACAUAUGAUUUGUUACUGAGAGUGACGAUGGAAGAGACCCAUUUCUUGAAACGAUCCACCACCUUCCAUUGCGAAUGUUCAAUACCCAUCCAUAUUGCCAAUUUACCUUAUGAUGAAAUGAUGCGGAUUCCAGACCUGUAUUCCAUCGAACGCUAUACCCAAUCCAAACUAUCCCCUUUCUUUUAUGAUGAUGGCCAAGAUAAUGAAACAACAUCCCCUCCUGGUUAUUACGCUGGACAUGAUCGACAUGAACGUACGGUCUAUUGGAGCAUGCAAACUUCACCCAAAUUCAACAGCAACGGAUGCAGUGCAGUAACACCUACCACCACAACAGCCUCAAGCAAUGGCGGCGGCGGUGGUCUUAUGGGUUGUAGUAGCACGACAAGCCAUCAUCAACGUGGUAGUAGUUUGCCAGAUAUCGGUGAAGCCAAUAUCCUUCUUAGCUCGUCAGAUGAAUGGUCAUAG